UAAGUUUUAAUUGCUUCCAAUGAGGUCAGCAAAGGUAUUUAUCGAAAAGCCCUGAAUAAAAGGCUCUACACACACACACACGCACACAUGCGCUCACACACAGAGAGAAAAUCCUCUUGCCUGUUGAUUUAUGGAAACAAUUAUGAUUCUUCUGGAGAAUUUCUCAGCUGAGAAAUAGUUUGUAGCUACAGUAGAGGGGCUCAAGUUGCACAGGCAGACAACAGACAUGGAAUUCUUGUGCAUCCAGCUGUUAUAAACAGAACAAAAGUCAAGUAGCAAACAGUGCCGCAGCAACUGAGCUUAUUACAACCUGCUUUUUAUAAGGAUAUAUCAACACAGAGUUAUUUAAGGAGGAAUCCUGUAUUGUUACCAGAAGCUAAGAGGAUAAGUGUACCCAUCUGGGAAGAGCGAGGACUCUUUCUUAAGUCCAUCUGCAGCACCCAGAUAGGAAAAGGUCAAUGACCCAGGAGUAGCAGUCAACUCAAGCUUGAGUUUUCAUUAUGGUAUUCAUGGACCCCUGGAGCACUGCACUAUAAUGCACAAAUGGAUACUGACAUGGAUCCUGCCGCCUUUGCUCUGCAGAUCUUGCUUUCCUGUUGUCUGUCUAGUGGGCACUCUAGCGUUAGCUUGCCAUGACAUGGCUCCAGAGCAAGUGGCUACCAGCGCGAACUGCUCCAGCCCCGAGCGACACACACGGAGCUACGACUACAUGGAGGGAGGGGACAUAAGAGUGAGAAGGCUCUUCUGUCGAACGCAGUGGUAUCUGAGGAUUGACAAGCGAGGCAAGGUCAAAGGGACCCAGGAGAGGAAGAGCAGCUACAAUAUUAUGGAAAUCAGGACAGUGGCAGUUGGAAUUGUGGCAAUCAAAGGGGUGGAAAGUGAAUAUUACCUUGCAAUGAACAAGGAAGGAAAGCUCUACGCAAAGAAAGAAUGUAAUGAAGACUGCAACUUCAAAGAAUUAAUUCUGGAAAACCACUACAACACAUAUGCAUCUGCUAAAUGGACACACAGCGGAGGAGAAAUGUUUGUGGCCCUAAAUCACAGGGGGGUUCCUGUGAAAGGGAAGAAAACGAAGAAAGAACAGAAAACGGCCCACUUCCUUCCAAUGGCAAUAACCUAAUCACAGAUGGCAUAUAAGAAACCAGUUCCAGCAGGGAGAUUUCUUUAAGUGGACUGUUUUCUUUCUUUUCUUCUUUUCUUCCUUUUUUUUUUUUUUUUUUUUUUUUUUAGUAACCAAGAAAGGCUGGAAAACUACUGAAAAACUGAUCAAGCUGGACUUGCGCAUUUAUGUUUAUUUUAAGAGACUGCAUUAAAGAAAGAUUUGAAAAAUAUACACAAAAAUCAGAUUUAGUAACUAAAAGUUGUAAAAAAUUGUCAAACUGUUUGUACAAUCGUGGUGUUAGUAAUAGUAAUGUUUUUCUCUUAAGUUAAUUUACCCUUAGAGUAUGUUAGAUUCAAUUAUCUGAUGAUUAUUUAAGUAUUCCUAUCCGCUUAUAAAAUGGCUGCUAUGAUAAGGACAAUAAUGCAGAUGAUAUUAC